UGUUAUAAAAAUUACAUACUUUGCAAACACUGGACAUUGUUUUUCUGCUGCUGCACACAACAAUCUUUUUUCAUACACAAAUAGAAAUUGGAGAAAAUUUUUAGAAUUUCUUUUCCAACAUUAGGGACAACGACGAAAAACUCUUACUUUCGAAUAAAAAUUCGCGGAGGUGUGCAAAAACAUAAAAAUAAUAAAUAAACUUAAAAAAAAAACAAACUCAAAAACAUAAAAAAACUUACGUCAUCAAAGAGCUUCGAUGAGACAAGAAUUGUGUUUUUUUUCGAGACUAAGACCAGUAAAAAUUGUUUGAUUUCUACAAUUAUUUGCAUCGACCAAUUAAGUUGGCAUAAAAUCAAAAGCAUCAAAGAUGAUUCACGUCGGUGAGAACACUUGGAUUUUGCGAAUCUUUAUAACUGAUCUCCAAGUUGAGAAACAGUUGAGGGUGAAGGGUGAUCAGCAUAUUGGUGGAAUAAUGCUACAGCUGGUCGAUCCGGAAAAUCCCAAAGAUUGGUCAGAUCAUGCCCUUUGGUGGCCAGAGCGUAACAUUUGGUUGACAAGAACUCGUUCUACUCUUGAUCAAGUGGGCGUGCAAGCUGAUUGUUUACUACAUUUCACACCCAUGCACAAAGUGUUAAGAGUACAAUUGCCAGAUUUGCGUUUUAUAGAUUGCAGAGUAGAUUAUUCAAUAAAAACUUUUGCUGCGGUGGUUAAUUUAUGUAAAGAUUUGGACAUUAGACAUCCUGAAGAGUUGUCGUUGUGCAAACCGCUGGAGCAGGAACAUUUGAAGAAGAACUAUGGGAAAUAUCCCCAGAAAAAAGCUGCUAUUCCGGAAGCAAAUGGUAUGGUUUAUUUACAACCUGCUCCAGAUACAAAUUCUUUUAUACCAAUUAAUUCUGCUCACAAAGUAGGCAGUAAUGGUAGCUUAGAUAGAACACAUAAUUCCAAUUUAUUGUGUGCGCCAGUUUCUCCUUAUAACACAACUCCCAGAAAACCAGGCACUGCUCCCGGAACUCCGAUAGCAUCACCUACAGGUACUUGGAAGAACAGCAGCAAUGGCUACGCAACCUAUGAUUCUUCAUCAAGUUUAGGCGAUUAUCAAGAGAAUUUGGCCGCUUCGCCAAGGUCACCUAGUCCCGAUGUUAGAUCCCGUUUGGUACGUCCAAAGUCACUAAUUGAAAAGGCCCGCAUGAAUGUGGGCUGGCUGGAUUCUUCUCUAUCAAUCAUGGAACAAGGUAUAAGAGAAUACGACACCUUAUGUUUGCGUUUUAAAUAUUACACAUUCUUCGACUUGAAUCCCAAAUACGAUCUUGUGCGUAUUAAUCAAUUAUACGAGCAGUCUAAAUGGUCCAUCUUAAAUGAAGAAAUAGAGUGCACUGAAGAGGAGAGUCUAAUGUUUGCUGCUCUUCAAUUUCAAAUUAAUCAACUCAAUGAGUUCCAGCCUUACCAAAAUUCGAGCUUGGACUCUACAUUUAACGACAACGGUACUGACGAUGAUAUAGAUUCAGCAUUGAACGAAUUGCAAAUUACCUUGGAGGGACCCCAUUCGAAUGGUGAUGGUAAUAUCACAAAGAUUCCAGAACUUUCGGAUUAUUUGAAAUUUUUAAAACCACGUAAAUUUACCAUGAAAGGUUACAAACGAUAUUUCUUCGCCUACAGGGAUCUGCAUUUGCAUCUGUAUAAGUCCGCCGAAGAUUCCCACAGAGGAGCGCCGGUUAUAACGAUCAAUUUAAGAGGUUGUGAAGUGACACCGGAUGUCAAUUUAUCACAACAGAAGUUUGCCAUACGUUUGGAGGUGCCUCCAGAAGGUAAAAGCGGUCCAAAUACAGAAGUAUGGAUCAAAUGUGAAACCGAAGAUCAAUAUGCAAAAUGGAUGGCAGCAUGCCGGCUAGCUGCCAAAGGACGUUCCCUCGCUGAUAGUUCGUACGACAGUGAAGUUUCCAACAUAAAAACCCUAUUGAAUUUGCAGAAACCAGCUCAAGGAGUAGCAGUAAAUGUUGAUCCUCGUUCAAUCGAAGUCCUCGAUUAUCUUUCUCCAAAAAUGCUAAGAAAAUUAUCGAGUAAAGCGGCCAUCAAAAUAUUGGAAGCUCAUGCCAACGUCAGUAAGCUAUCCCUAAUGGAUGCUAAAUUGAAGUAUAUUCAAGCUUGGCAGUCGCUGCCCGACUUUGGUGUAUCUUUGUUUGUCAUCAAGUUCGAUGGUCACAAAAAGGAAGAACUAUUAGGUGUAGCCCAUAAUCGUAUUAUGCGUAUGGAUCUAAAUACAGGAGAUCACAUAAAAACUUGGAGAUACAAUACCAUGAAGGCUUGGAAUGUCAAUUGGGGCAUCAAAUGCAUGAUGAUUCAAUUUAAUGAUGAAAAUGUUGUCUUCUCUUGUCUGUCGGCCGACUGCAAAGUUGUGCAUGAAUUUAUUGGCGGUUACAUUUUUAUGUCGAUGCGUUCUAAAGAAAACAACCAGACAUUAAAUGAGGAAAUGUUCCACAAACUUACUGGCGGAUGGGCUUAAAAUACUAAUUUUAAUCGUUCAAUCUAAUUAAAUCUUUUGACGCACAUUAAUACUAAACCUGGUGUUCUUCUGUCUUAUAAUUACUUUUUUACACAAAUUUAAAGGACUAAUUUACAUACAAAUAUUUAUUUAUAAUUGCCAAAGUGCCUAAAAUAUUUUAUAUAUCUACUCUUUUCUAAUCUAAUCGAUCGAGAGGCCUCUGUAUUGGUCGCAUUUUUAUAACUUAUGUACAUUUAAUUUAUAUGCAUUAACAAAUGAUAUCCAUUUAUCUUGUCUUCGAGAAAUGCGUGUAUUUUUAAUCUAAUAAUUAAACCUAAUAUGUCUUAAAUAUCUUUUACAUACAUAAAUUAUUAACAAAAAUAACAUAGUUUUUUAUGUUUCUCAUUUUGUAUGUUGAAAAUUUCGAUUUAUUUUAAUUAAUUUUUUGUUGUAAUUUUAUAUAAAUUAAUCCAAUAUGUAUUACAAUAAUAAAAUUAUAUUAAUACAUAAAAA